AUGGCCGAGCAACUCGUACUCCGUGGUACCCUCGAGGGCCACUCUGGCUGGGUUACCUCCCUUGCUACCUCUCUGGAGAACCCUAACAUGCUCCUGUCCGGUUCGCGUGACAAGACGCUCAUCAUCUGGAACCUGACCCGCGACGAGACCUCGUACGGUUACCCCAAGAGGAGUCUCCACGGCCACUCCCACAUCGUGUCCGACUGCGUCAUCUCUUCUGACGGCGCCUACGCCCUCUCCUCGUCCUGGGACAAGACCCUCCGCCUCUGGGAGCUCUCCACUGGUGUCACCACCCGCCGCUUCGUCGGCCACACCAACGACGUCCUCUCCGUCUCCUUCUCCGCCGACAACCGCCAGAUCGUUUCCGGAUCGCGCGACCGAACCAUCAAGCUCUGGAACACCCUCGGUGACUGCAAGUACACCAUCACCGACAAGGGCCACACCGAGUGGGUCUCGUGCGUUCGCUUCUCCCCCAACCCUCAGAACCCUGUCAUUGUCUCGGCUGGUUGGGACAAGCUCGUCAAGGUCUGGGAACUUGCUUCCUGCCGCAUCCAGACCGACCACAUCGGUCACACCGGUUACAUCAACACCGUCACCAUCUCGCCCGAUGGCUCCCUGUGCGCCUCCGGUGGUAAGGACGGAACAACCAUGCUCUGGGACCUGAACGAGUCCAAGCACCUCUACUCCCUGUCCGCCGGUGACGAGAUCCACGCCCUUGUCUUCUCGCCCAACCGCUACUGGCUGUGCGCUGCCACCGCCUCCAGCAUCAUCAUCUUCGACCUCGAGAAGAAGAGCAAGGUUGAUGAGCUGAAGCCCGAGUACAUGGAGGUUGGCAAGAAGAGCCGUGAGCCCGAGUGUGUCUCCUUGGCCUGGAGCGCCGACGGCCAGACCCUGUUCGCUGGAUACACUGACAACCGUAUCCGCUGCUGGGGUGUCAUGGCACGGGGAUAA